AGAUUGAUUUUUGGUACUUGCUGGUAGUUGAGCGGCCGAUGCUCCAAGAAUUCAUUGAUUGAAAGCUCGGGGGGCGGACAUAUCAAGAGAAGGCCAUGGAUGACGUUCAAGGGAGAAGAUUACCCGCCUCAAACUGUUCCUUCUUCCUUCUCUCUUCACUCUGUUUGAUUGAUUAGAGCAGGGAAUUGUUUCUACCCCUCUUUGUUAGCCUUUGCAAUCCACAUUCAAUCUCCCAUCACAGCUUCUGGAUCAAAUUACUCCCCCAAUUCAUUGUUGUUGGAAGAUGAUUCAUCAGUGCCUGUGCACCAAACCUUCAAUUUCCUACUCUUCAUCUUCGUUUUGUUCUGGUGCUUCCAUCUCGAUUCGAGCUCCGGGGCCUCUUAAUUAUCAUCAUUACAGUCGUCGUCAUGAUAAUUUCGGGUUCAGUAAUUGCGUUAGUUUGUCAUCUUCGACAAUUGGUAGGGUUAGUGGUAUUAGGUGCGAAUCUGUGAGUACAUCAUCAUCAUCAUCAUCAUCUUCUUCUUCUUCUUUUCAUUCUUCUACUGCAAGAAGGAAUGUUAAGGGCGAAAUUGACGGAGUGAGACCAUUAAUGUCUUCAACAUCGGAGGCAGCAGUUACAUCAGCUGCUGCUGCGGCGGAUUCUGGCGGCGGCGGCGGCGUCCCGUUAAAGUCCCUGGAGAAACAGGGCGGCAGCCUAGGACCCUAUACGGGGAGGGAUCCGAAUGUGAAGAAGCCAGGAUGGUUGAGGCAGAGAGCUCCGCAAGGGGAGAGGUUUGAGGAGGUGAAGGACUCCUUGUCUCGUUUGAAUCUCCACACGGUCUGCCAAGAGGCUCAAUGCCCUAACAUUGGAGAGUGUUGGAAUGGAGGGGAAGAUGGUAUAGCCACUGCAACAAUCAUGCUUCUUGGUGAUACUUGCACCCGUGGCUGUAGAUUCUGCGCCGUGAAAACCAGUAGGAAUCCUGCCCCGCCUGAUCCAAUGGAGCCACAGAACACUGCUGAGGCUAUUGCUAGUUGGGGUGUGGAUUAUAUUGUCCUCACAAGCGUUGACCGUGAUGAUCUACCUGAUGGUGGGAGUGGACAUUUUGCUGAAACUGUCAAAGCCAUGAAGAAACUCAAACCUGAUAUCAUGGUUGAGUGCCUGACUUCUGAUUUUCGGGGUGACUUGAAUGCUGUUGCUACUCUUGUACACUCUGGAUUAGAUGUUUUUGCCCACAACAUUGAAACUGUGAGACGGCUCCAGCGUAUUGUUAGAGAUCCAAGGGCUGGAUAUGAACAGAGCUUAUCUGUUCUGAAACAUGCCAAGCAUAGUAAGGAGGGAAUGAUCACAAAAUCUUCCAUAAUGUUGGGCCUUGGCGAAACUGAUGAUGAGAUUAAGGAAACGAUGGCCGAUUUAAGAGCCAUUGAUGUCGACAUUCUGACACUUGGCCAGUAUUUACAGCCAACUCCAUUACAUCUAACUGUUAAAGAGUAUGUUACCCCUGAGAAAUUUGCCUUCUGGAAAGAGUUUGGAGAAUCUAUGGGUUUCCGCUACGUGGCCAGUGGACCGCUGGUUCGAUCAUCAUAUAGGGCAGGCGAGCUCUUUGUCCAGACAAUGGUGAAAGAAAGGUCCAGAAAAACCUCUAAAUAGUUUGGUCGGAUUUCUUGGAGGUAAUAUGCCCAGUUUGGUGAGUGUUGGGAGUUAGUUUCAGCCAAUAGAAAGCAACUAGAAUUGACUUCAAAAUUGUUAAAAGAGUAUAAGCAGUUGAGGAAUCAUCUUCAAAAGGUGGCCCCAAAAACAUUUGGAAGGUUAAAAAUUUGUGUAAAAGCAUGCAUGCAGAGAACAUUCAUAUUUGCCAAAUUAUUUCAUUCCAAACAACAGUUGCCUUUGUAUCUUUUAAUCAGGUUUUUGUUUUAUCCAUUGGCUGACAAUUACAUACUUUCCUGUCCUCCAUUUUUGCAGCUUAUCUUGUUGUCUUGUCUUGUUUGCACGGUUCAAUCACAUGAAUUUUUAUUCUUUUCUCAGUGAACUUGCUUUUUUUUUUU